GUUCGCACUUUGUGGUAAAACAGAAUCCGCUAGUCACUCGUAAACUUUCAGAAUUUUCUUGUGGACUGGGAAUAUGGAUUUCUGCUGUAUUUCUACAGUAAUUCUUUUCUUAUUUUUUGUGGUUAUACUGCGCGCUGUGUACGUGGUAAAGAGAAGAAAAGGUCAUGGUCCACUGGACAGAAGAAAACCUGUGAAAGUCAUGGUAGUCGCAGGUUCAGGUGGUCACACAACUGAAGUGAUCAGACUUGUGGGUGCGCUUUCUUCUUAUUAUCAGCCAAGGAUUUACAUUGUUGCUGAAACUGACAAAAUGAGUGCAGAGAAAAUUUUUAGCUUUGAAAAGACUAAGAAAGGGAAAGAUGAAGAAAGUUCAGAGUUUAAAAUCCUGAGAAUUCCACGUAGCAGAGAAGUACGCCAGUCAUGGCUUUCUACUAUAUUUACAACAUUGAAUGCCUUGGCCUUUUCGUUUCCUGUUGUGUUGCGGGAGAAGCCAGAAUUGCUUUUAUGUAAUGGGCCUGGAACAUGCAUUCCAAUUUGUUUAGCAGCAUUUUUAUUUAAGGUUGUUGGCUUAAAAGAUAUUACAGUGGUGUUUGUGGAAAGUAUCUGCCGAGUGAAGACACUGUCACUAUCCGGAAAAAUAAUGUACUACAUUGCAGAUCACUUUCUAGUUCAAUGGAAACAGCUACAGAUCAAUUUCCCGAAGUCAAUUUACCUUGGACGCCUGGUGUGAGAACCAGACAACCUCCCAUGUCAUUUUGUACAGUGUUAACUUGUUGGAGCAGAAACCAACAAUGAAAGAACAUAUGCCUCAUCUAAUCUGACGUUCAAAUGUAUUUCUAAGAAAACUCUGAAACUAAUUUAAGAGUGGGAAUAAUAAGAGGGAAUUAUUUAUUGUAAACAAAUAAAAUUUAUUUUGAAGUGAU